AUCUAAGAUUGUAGUAUUGUCCAGUCCUGUAAUCAUAGUCCGUGAUUAUCAUACAUCCAUAUUCAUUGGAAAAUAUUACAUCUAAUAUUAAUUAUCCACUGUAACGAGUUGUAUAUCUUAAUAUAUUACUUUAAAAUGGUUUAUAAGUGCUCAGUAUCAAAUUGUUUGAGUCAUGACAAAACAUUUAGAAAAUGUACUCUAUUUUCUGUACCUACUGACCCCAUAUUAAAUAAAUUAUGGAAUAAUGUAGUUUCUGGAAAUAAUAAUAAAGUUACUAUUGUGAAAAAAAUAUGUGAAUUGCAUUUUACAAAUGAUGAUUUGGUUCGAACUUAUGUAAAUUGGCCAGAUGAUGUUUCUGAUCACCGAAUGACGAACCAAAUGAUUGUUCCUAGGUUACAAAAGGGUGCUGUGCCAUCAUUAUUUGGUAAUAGUGUCAACAAAAGCUUUGCUGACUGCUCAGAAAUUACACCUAUACUUGCAAGUCCACAAUUCAGCACAGAGAUUCCACUAUGUCGUAUAAAACUUGAUCGGACUUGCAGUACACAAAUUGACUCUAGCACAAAUUCAAACUGUAACUCUCUGGAAAUGCAGGCGCUUUUUUCUGAUGAUGAUAGUUCUUUUAAUAAUUCAGACAACCAUCAGGAUCAGAUCAAGGAAUUGCAUUUUAUUGAUUUUUUCAAACAAUUAAAAUCUAUUAACCUCCCUACUGGAUGGAGUUACAUUGAAAAUGAAAUAACAUUAAUCUUUUUUUCAAUGAAAAUUCAAAAUGAAGAUAUUCCUAAAGCAAAUGUUGGAAAACAAAUAGUUAUCCUACAUAAUUUUCAAAUUUUGUGUUAUGCUUUUAAUGUUCAAUUAAAACCCUCAAAUUUUAACUUGAAAAGUUUUGAAGUUGGACCUAAUAACAUUGAGAAAGUUGUUAAUUUAUUAAUGUCAUUUGAUAAAAAAAAUAUCUGCAUUGGUGGUCCAAAAGCAAUUAAUUUUUCAGGUAUUUCAGUUAAAAGUGCAAAACUAAAUGAUGGCAUAUGGCAUCAUAAUAAUUGUACAGUUGUCAUAGAUUCACAUGGUGUAAAUAGGUGUAAAGAAUGUAAAAAACUUUUUGCAACAUUUAGAGUAAAUAAAUCAAGACAUACACGUGGCAAUGUUAAAAAAAAUAUUUCUCAAACAUCAACACCUAAUAGAAAAUGUUCUUUGUCAAACAUAAUUAAACAAAAACAUGAAUUACAAGUAUCUAAUAUAAGACUUAAGAAUAAUAUACAAAAAACAAUUAACAAACUUGGAAAUUUGCAAAAAAAAAUGGAAAAUAUUACAUUUGAUAAUUUACAAUGUAAUGCAAACUUGAAUGAACCACAGAUAGUUCUAAUAAAUGAAAUUAUAAAAACCAAUUCUGUUAAAUCCAGAAAUCGUAGAUAUUCUGAGAAUUAAAGUUUUGGAAAACAUGAUCAAUUGGCUAAAUAUUUGGGAGCAAAAUAAUAAAGAUGGUAAAAUAUCUGAUGAUGAAUUUCUUACUCAGCCAACAGCUGAAGGCCUAAGAGUUACGUUGCAAUCAACUAUAGAUUUGUCUAAAUAUUUACUGAAUAAAUGAAUGUGGGUACAGAUUUAGGUUAAAUUAAUAUUAAAUUAUUAUUUUUAACAGUUGUUGCAGAGUAAUAAAUGUAUUAUUCAUUGUAUCAUUAAAAAUAAACGAAUCAUAAACUAUA